AUGUCUUACCCCAGCCUCGAAGACCUCCUGACAAGCUCCCACAAUGGAGCAGGCACCCCUUUCCAGGGGCGCAUUCAGAGCAUCGAGCACUCGAUGCAGCUCAAGGCAGAGUACCAGAGGCGAAAUGAUAUCCGCCAUGCAACUGUUCCCACUGGCUUUCCACAGGAGGUGAAGGAGCAGAAGCGACUGGUGCAGCUUCUCUAUGAGGCCAUCUGGGACUUUCAGGACAUCAUUGACGGCAAGAGGAAGAUUUCGGCCCUCAAGAAGCCACAGGCCGACGAUGGCGACCAAGACGGGGCUGCGACUCCGGCCGACAAGAGGGUGGACGGCCACCAGGCGUCGCGGGUCAAGAACAUGAUGCCGAUAGAGGUCGAGAUGCUCUCCUGGCAGAUCCUCAUCGCCAUCCGCGAUGCCCACGAGGGCCGCCUCAGCAUCUUCCCCUGGAGCAAGGACUGGGGCCACGACAAGAAGUACAAGACCUUCGAGGAGAGGUUCGGCGCCGUCAUGGCAGCUCUGCGCCACUCCAAGGCAGUGGUCAGCGGCCUCCUUGGAGCCGACUUUCUUCGCAGGCUCGCCGCUCACCCUGAGAAGGAAUUCAAGAGAAAAGGAUCCAAUAAGGCCCAGAAUGAAGAGAGGGAUAUCCAGGUCCAGGCUGGUAACCAUGCCAUACUUCAUGGUAUGGUAACCGUUGUCCCCGGCGAGGUUACCAACGAAAAGGGAAAAAUCGGGACAAGCAAGAAGAGUGCUGCUGUAGUGGCCAAGCUUGAGAACAGGCACACCAAGAAGCUGCAGCACAGGGCUGCCAGGGCCACCACCGCCGCCACCAUCGCUGCCGGGCCUGCUGGUUCCGACGCCGCGCCCGCCCAGCAGCCCCUCGGCUCUCUGGGCCGCGACAGCGCGGCGGCCAGGCCGGAGCCGGCCUUUGUGAACCCCGGGGCCGACACGCCCAUCCAGAGCAUCGAGGCCUCUGCUGAGCCUCGGGCGGGCCCGUCCGGCCUCGACCUCGGCCUCGGCCUAGGCUCCGCGGGCGCGUCGUACAUGGCGUCGCACGGCGACGGCGGCCUCACCGGCUCUGGCCUGGGCGCGCAGGGCGGCUCCGUGGGCGGCAACAGCUUUUACACCCCCGCGAGCGCCUUCCCGGCCGGCAGCGCCCUCCCGGAGGUGAUUGGCGGCGGCUCGGCUGUCGGCCUAUUGGGCAUGGGACUCGGCGGCGGCGGCGGCGCGUUCGGCGCGCUCGACUUUUCCGCCGGCCUCUCGGGCGUCGACCAGGCCUUCGCCGGCCUGGGCGCGGAUCAGGGCUCCUUCGGCCUGGCGGCUGGCCAGAGCUACUUCCCUCAGACGUCUGCGGUCGACCAGACGCUCUCGGCCCUGGGCGGCGAUCAGGGACUGUUCAACAUGGGGGCUGACCCGAACUUCGACUUCUCCCUCGACCCUCUCUGGGGAUUCGACUUCCCCUCGAACCCUGCCCCUCAGGACAGCAUGCAGAAUGGAGCGCAGUAG